UUUUUGAGUGCGUCCGUCCGAAAACGCAAACCCACGAACCCGAAUCCAAAUGCAAGGAGAGCGCGCGCGCCGGUAUUUCUAAUAUUCCCAGAAAGCGACGCACACAGGCGCACCUCGCGGCGUGCGCGCCGAGCGAAAAACCCCACGGCUUCCUCGUGCCUUCUAUUUUUCAUCGCCGUAUCAGAAAACGUAAUUCCAUGUUCAUUCCCGAAAACGAUCACGCGGCAUGCUAGGCGGGCGCGAUGUGAAUGUGUAUGCACGGAAUACAAUCGUUCGCGUGGUUUGUUCUCACCAGUUUCGCGCAGCCAAGAAGUGACCGUGCGCAAGUGCUUCGAUUCCGAAAAGUUGACUCGAUGGCACCGACGGCGACAAUGAUAUCGUCCGCGACUUCGCUCAACGGCAAUCUCACCACCAUGAAACGACACAACGAUUUCACCAAUUCGCUGUAUCAUCACCCCACGACCAGCCCCCAUCAGAAUUCUUAUACUACUGCCGGCUGGAUAUCCUACAUGCCCUCGAUGGACCAUGGAAACGAACCAUAUCAGCAUAAACUGCUACCGUCUACAAGCUGGACUCCUUUCUCAUCGCAGUACUCGGCCGCAUAUAGCCUCUACAACAACUUCGGAUCGAAUGGGAACCACAGCACCGACAUAAACGAGCUCGCAGAUCAAUUCACUGAACUUACCAUCGGUGAGAACCGUCGCUUAAAGCGACCUCCCGCGUCAUACCUCUGCCAUCUAUGCUUCCAGAAGGGGCACUAUAUUAAGGACUGUCCCAAGGCUCGUCCCAAGGGAGAAGGUAAGACGCCGUACCAGGGCAGGAAGCGCUGCUUCGGUGAGUACAAAUGCCCGCAGUGCAAGCGGAAGUGGAUGUCGGGCAAUUCCUGGGCCAAUAAGGGCCAAGAAUGUAUUAAGUGCCAUAUCAACGUGUACCCGCACAAGCAGCGCCCUCUGGAGAAACCCGACGGGUUGGAUGUUUCCGACCAGAGCAAGGUGCACCCCCAACUGCACUGCCAAAUGUGUAAGGAGCUUGGCUAUUACUGCAGGCGUUAUCAGUAACCCGCUGCACUUGCAGCACCACAAAGGCGCGCUGCGUUGCGCCACAUAUUAUUUCAUUUUUUAUGCCAUUUUUAUUUCGCUACGACGACACAUUUACAUGAACUAUAUAUGAUUUGUCUACUCAUUUCAAUUGUUUUUAUAUUUUUUAUACAUACAUAUUUUUCCAUUUUACGACGUGUAUUGCGUUUUUGUCUCGUUAUGCGCUUAAUGAUGAUCGUUGUUAAAUAAGUUUUGAUCUUCAAAUAUUUUGUAAUUUUUAAAACGCCGAGUAUGUGUAUAUAUCUUAUUGGAGAUUAUUGUUGACCCAGCAGAACGAAGGAAAAUUGUUUAAAAUGUCCAAUAUUUUUAUUUCGUUGAAAUGUCAGAUAUAUAUUGUAUAUCUAAUAGAUUAAUAAAUGACCAUUAUUUCGA